CGGGUCCUCAAUUUCACGCGAAGUUCUUCCUUUCUGUGUCCUGAGGGAAUCUUUACCAGAAACAGCACUGGGCCCCCGCUGGAAGUCCCGCCUCCUGUUUCCUGCCUCGGCUCAUUGGCCGUAGACUUUUUUAUUGACAGAUAACAAUAUCCACUGAACAACUAAGAACCAACCACCCCACCUCUUGGGAAUGGGGCGUCACUCUUAAAACUGCUUCCUAACGAUUUGGGGAGCCAUCCGGUCUCUUCAUGCUGAGAAGGUUCAGGGUUUAACUCAAGUCCUGACUGGAACAGUCUGUGAUACUGGAUGAACUGGGAUCGUCUGGGGCCAGCGGCUUUCUUUGAAGCUGUCCUGGAAGCAAGUUUUGAUGAAACAGCUACUAAGGCAGUCUGAGGUUAGCUCAAGAAGGAUGCUGGAACAAUAUCCCCGAGGGUGGAUCGUGUCAGGGCUGCACUGACUUCAUCGGCGUCUGUAAACCUAACUCUCACAGCCAAAGAACCUCCCGCAUCAACCUUCACAGCUGACAGCUGCUGGGUCUGCGGCUGCGCAAAAGCCAAGACCCAGCAUGCACCGCGGCGAAGGCGUCGCUCAGGAAGCUCAGUCCACAGGGAGCUGCGUAGUGCAGCGGGGACCUGGCCGGUAGGUGUGUUUGCAGCCUGCGGGUGGCGCCACAGACCUGUCUCCCCAGUUUGUUUCUUGCCGAGGUGGUGUUUCCUCUGACUUGAGACUCCAUCUUUACCCCAGGGCCUAGCGGCCUGAGGAAGGAGCCUUCCUGUCCCUGAGCGGCCCUGGCGGAGAAGUUCCUCAGUGUUGGCUUGUAGAGCCUCUUGCUUCUCAGGCCUGUGAUUGCAGCAUCCUUAGAAGCUGGGCUUAUCCAUCGGCAUGUCAAUGGAUGGGCGUGGUGGGAAAGAAAGAGCAAAAUGGACAACCACCAUUAUUAUCAGCUCAUCUCUUAAGAGUAAUGAAAUUGCAACUGCCCUAGAAAGUCGAAGCCACAAGGUUCGGUAUUCUGACACGUUGGAAAGUGGAUCAAUUGUAUUCUCUCUCUCCGGAGUUGCGUUUCUGUUGAUGGAUGCCAAGGCGUGCAUGACAUCAGCUGAGGAAGUAUUUCUAACCAAAAUCGAGAAGUUUAUUAACAUUCACCAAAAUAGUUUUUUGGUUCUAUUUGCCCCACUCCAUGGACCUGAAGAAAGGAAUCUCAUGUUCAGGAUUCAUCAGAGAUCCCUGGGCAGUAAUUUACGAAUACUUCCAGUACACAACACAGUAAAUGCUGUUGAUCUUAUGUGCACUGUAGCGAAGACUACCUCCAAACCACACAUAGACAGCAUCUGCUACAGAAUGAUAACAACUAAAGCUUACAUCAUAGAGCAAAGCCCUGUUUGGAGAACACUUCAAAAGAUAGAACUGAGUACUGACUCAGUGAGUCCAGAUUCACAGUAGUGAGCAUGUGUUCCUCUGCAGGAAUAGCAAACUAAUUAACUUAUCAACUUGUAAUGUCCAAAUGUAGACUUAAGGGUGUUUAUAUUUAAAAGAGUAUGUAUACAGUUAAGUAUUAUUUUAUUUGGAGAGUAUGGUUGAGUGUUUCCUUUAAUGUUUAAGAGUGUAGCUGCAUGACCAGUGCUACCCUAGAUUAUAUAGGACCUUUUAAACACUACAGGGAAAAAAGAAAAUAACUGACACAUAAACAAAACUCAUAGUUUCUUAAUGAUUCCAACUAUAAUAGGAAAUGAAAGUGCCGAAUUUAUUGGUUGGACUAAAGAAAAAGCCACGCACAUUUGGGGUUUUCUACGAUUAAUCUCUGCAGGCAUUUUCAUAUGUAACUGUUUCUUGAGACCGGGUUUCAUGUGGUAGAGGUUGAUCUGUAACUCUGACCCUUCUGCCUCUCCCUCCUAAUAUAGGUACUGGGGAGUCCCCCAAAACUGCUUCCAAGUCAGGAAGAGGGGGAACGUUACAAACCACCAACCAUUUUGAAGUAGUUACAUUUCCACAGUGCUGCGCUGUUCAGCCUGAGAGCAGGCACUCUAGAGCAUUAAAGAGCACCCAACAAGCACACAGCCGAUCUGUUUUUUCUUUUUAUAAAUUUAUAAGUAUGUGGAUGAAUAAAGCAUUUGAAUCUUCUAAAGUAGUACUUUAAAAAAUGUGUAUGAGCUUUUGUUUUGUUUUUUGAGACAGGACUUUUUCUGUUUGUUUUUGUGGUUUUUUUUGUUUUGUUUUGUUUUGUUUUGUUUUGUAAUGUGUAACAAGCCUGGCUGUCCUUAAUUUCACCUUGUAGAUCAGGUUGACCUCGAACUCUCUGCCUUUCUGUCCCACAUGGCUACCUGGUGUCAUGGAGGCCAGAAGAGGGUGUCACCUCCUCUGCAUCUCAGUAACAGCUGUGCCCUCCAUGUGGGUGCUGAGAACUGGACCCAGGUCCUCUGCAAGAGCAGGAAGUGCUGCUCUUCACCACCGAGCCAUCUCCUCAGGCUUCUGAAAGCAAAGGCUGUUUACUGCUGAUGUGCAUCAGAAGCUGACGGCCAAAACAAUGCUGUCUUGUUAAAAAGAAUUAUGCAAUUUUUCUUGUAGUAAAAUUUCUGCAACUAUUUUAUGGCAGUAUAAACUAUAAUGAAAAAUGGCA